AGGGAAUCCAAAACGAGGAAGAAUUUCAAGUAGGACCACCAAGGAUCAUGCAGUCAGUGUGUUCUGAUUUCGAAACAACUACAAAAAAAAGGUCAUAAUUCAAGAAAGACCUUUCUUGUUUGGUUUAAAGUUGUCAUCUUACUUUUACUUACUUUUUUUUUCUUUACAACUUCUUUUUGUUGUUUGAAAUCAUUACAACUGACACAACUGCGAAUCCGUAGUCGUAGUCUACAACACAGCAACUCGACUGGCAACUUGUAGGCCUGACUCAGACUUCAGUUCAGUUCAAAACUGGGACAGCUUUAACAUUUUUUAAACUAAGUUUUGAAGAACAGCAGACCACUCCUGUUAUACAGAGGAUCUGACGUUUUCUUUACUGUAGAUCCUUAAAAAAACAGAACAUUCCAGGGAUCUAGCGGUUUUGGGCUACACCAUUGAAAACGGCAGACGGCUCUUGUUGUAUAGAGGAUUUCUGACUGAAUGCUGUAAAUGCUUAAAGCGUCACUGACAUAAUUUUUCAACUUUGCAAAAAUAUGUUCUAUAUUGUGUGCAAUUAUAUUCGACGUUCAUUUUUUUGAAAGCGAAUGUUAAAUUUGUAAAAAUGACAUUUUUGUACGUGCCGGGCGUCAUUUUUGGUCUGAACUUCUUAGACAAGGGGCGUUUCCCAAGUGACAUCAGUGAAGGCGCGGCUCUCAUCUUAGAGUAAACAAACAUGAGCGAAUGGACGAGAUAUGGAAUAUGUUUACAGUCAUUAUAGCAAAGACUUGAGCGAUGCGUAUUUAGUUUUCGACAAGGAAGAAACAUCUGGAAAUGAAAUAGAGAACUAGCAGAACAGGGAAUUAAGCCAUAUUUAUUGGAACCACCGACGAUGGGACUGUAUGUCGGAUGCUGGGGUGUUCAAUGACAAAGACAUGGAGAUGAAGACUGGUCGGCUUCAAACACAAAAUGGUGAAACUGAAACAACCCAUCACGCCGACAUUUCAGAAGAGCCGAGGAAGCGUCAGCAAUCACCAAGACGUGGAGAGAAGUGACAGCAGGACGUGGUGGACACAAGACCAGGGCUCUCCUGUCAUUAAACAGGUGCCAGAUAAACGGGGCCCUCCUGCUCAUGAAAAACAUGGAAUCUGGCAUUCUCUGAGGAGAGGAUGGAAUACCAACAGGACCUCAGAGCCUCCCACACCCAGAGUAGAAGAACACCCUAAGCGUCCUCAAACAUCUUCCACAUCCUGUAAGGUGUUCAUUCCCCUGCGCAGGGCGAGCAGCGGCCAUCCCGUGACGCCCCCCGACCAGCUGCUCAAGCACAGCAGCUUACAACCCUCGCACAUCCAGACCAGCUACGCUGCGACCACCCUAGUCCCUCACAACAAAGUGGGCUUCUCCUCCAUCACCAUCUCCAGCAGGAAAGUCGCCAGAUCGGCCAGUCUUUCGUCGUUGGACAGGCCUGCCUACGACUACCUAGCAAAGACCGGGCAACACUUACCUGAUGUUCCCAUGGACCAAACCUCCAGUGGGGCGCAGAGGAAGCCCACCAUUGUCAAAGUGGUCGAACAGAGGACCACGCUCAGCCACCGCCCAGCUGUUCUGGACACGGUAGUCCACAGAAGAAAGGCUGCCAUAAUUAAAGUGACCGAGCACAAGGAGAGCUUCAGUCCAGCUAGGGAGACGUCUCAGCCUCCAGAUGGGACCCACAAGGAAAAUGGUACAUGGAGUCAGGGAAGCCAUCCAGAAACCAGUCCAGAUGGCAAAAAUGGCAACAUAUCAAACACGUCCACACUGAGACUUCUUGUCAACAACCCUCCCGCUUCCUCAGAGCUCUCUGGACAAAAACCCAAGAGGCCGCUGAGCUGCCAUGGCGAUGUCUUCCCACACGGAGACAGGCCAAGCGAGGAGAGCGUCCCUCCACCACCGGCUGUCAGGAAAUGGAGCUUUGGGCUCCCCCAGGAGACCACGCAACGCAACCCUGCCAGCUGGAGCCCCCUCAGCCCGGCGGAAGGUGCAAGAGACGCCUGGAAGCUAAGAAAAGAUGAGUGGAGGAGGUCGUCUCCCUGUCUCACGCUCAUUCAGACACCGGAGCCUCAUCAGUCUCCAGAGGAAGUCCUGGCCCUCAAUGCGGCUGCCAUCAUCGCAAACAUCAAACUCCAAAGACAGCUUAGUAAGAAGAAAACAUCACACAGCAAUUUGGAGGGGGAAUCCGCAGCCUCCCCCCAGGGAAAUACAGACAGGGGAGAACACACACAGACGAAUCCUGAUGACGGAAGCCGAGACGUGAGCCGGGAUACGCUUCCUGUCCCGCUGAGUCCAGACCACCAAAGACCACGUGAGAUUAUUUCUCUGCAGGAAGCACUGCGGAGGUCCAGGCCACACUUCAUCACUCGCUCCCAGGAGCGAGUGAUGAAGUUGGAACGCAGGGUCCAGGAGAGGAGGGAGCGAUCCAGCACUGCAGGUCCACAAACGCAUGCUGCACUUAAGCAGAGGGGAGGCCAGAAGGCCUGGUCCAUGAACGGCCAUCUAUCCAAAUUCAAAGAAGGAUCCUCUGCUGCUGCUGGGAAAGCGAAAGGAGCGAAGGAGCUCAGAACAAAUCGCCUGCUUACUGAGGUGAAGAAGAAAAAGGAGGAAGAGAAGAAGAAGAAGGAGGUUUGUUUGACGAAUAGACAGCGUGUGGAGCUUUUCAAAAAGAAACUGUUGGAUCAGAUUCUUCACAGAGCAAGCAGCUGAAUGGUGGAGAGACAGGAAGAGAAAAUUGGUUCAUAUAUGUCAUUUUAUAAGAGAUCAUAAUGAAAUGUCUUGUGAGCAAUAGAAAUGCUGCAUGUGCGGCAUACUUAAUCAGACACAGUAGCACACACAAAAUAUAACAAUGAAGGUAUUUUUGCCUCAUUUUCAAUCAUUUUUUGCUCGAUUUAUGCCAAAAAAGUGAACAAUGUGAACAUUCUGUGUUGUUUUUUUGUCUCAUUUUGAACUUUGGAAUCAAUUUCCUCAUACACUAUGUUGACAAAAGUAUUGGGUCACUUGACUCCAGCUUGGCCAUUUGUGCGGUCAGAGGUGACUCAUAUUGGACCUGAGAGAGGCCCCGUUGGCACUUGAUGGGCUUCAUCCACACCAAACUCCUCCAAGCAGAAUACAAGCCAGUGUUCAGUCACCACCCGGUGCCAGCUAUUAAGUAGAAAGACGGCGGAAUGUGAACUCUUCUCCUCUUGCCACGUUAAUGAGCAGUGGAUGUUUGAAUGGCGCCUUUGUCAAAGCACACACACAUGCGCGCGCACACACACUGGAUCCUGCCACAUCCCUUUUAUUAGACCAUAGAAUCAUGAAUACCGCAUGGGGGUGCAUUACUUGUACAAUCAUAACGCCUUUCAUUACAAAUGGAGUAAGAUGCUUUGUCUUUAGGUUUGACAUGUACUGUUCAUUUAAAUGACAACAGAAGUGCAGAAAUGGGGGCUAUAUAAAGUACCUAUUGUGGAGCUGGUGCAGUCAAGCUUAGGGAGGUAGAGGCAGAGGCAGAGAACCA